AUGUAUCUCGACGAGAAGCUCCAGAAAGAGGCGGAGAGAUCGGAGAUGGAGGAGAGAAAAGGGAACGAUGUCGAGAAAGACAUCGGAGGGUCCGUUUAUCCUCCUCCGGUAAGCCUCUUCAACCUCUCAUCCGCUUCUCUCCUCCUCUCUAAGAACUCUAUCCACCCUCGCUAUCCCCCCCGCUACGGUGUAAGCGAUAUAGCACGAAGAUUCACCUAUGCCGAGAAAGGCAAAGGCAUUGCUCCCUCUGUCUCCCCCAAUCCUCGCCUCCGCAUUCGAGCCCCAGCCAUGGAUACGUCUGACCUGGUUCAGAAGAAUGCUCUGACGCUCAUUGGCCGGCUAACCAAUCCUGCGGAACAACUCAUGCGCUCAAUGCUCCCCUAUUUCUCUAAUAAGUGGGAACUCCGAGGCAACGUCCUUGGCUCAGAUCUGGGAAACGGGAACUUCCAAUUCCGGUUUGACUAUGACGACGACCUCAGGAAGGUCCUCGAAAACAGGCCCUACCAGUACUCAAGAUGGAUGCUCAUCCUGGAAAAAUGGGAACCGGUUAUCUCACCCCUUUUCCCGUCUCAGAUCCCCUUCUGGAUCUCACUCCGAGACCUCCCUCUCCAUUAUUGGAAACGAGAACUCCUCCUUAGUAUCGGAGACAAGAUAGGGAAGCUCCAGACCUAUGAGCUGACUGCUACAGCGGCAAAAAUUCGGGUGGAAGUUAAUGGGUUGAACCUAUCACAAAAGAGGCAGUGGUGGAAUUUGAAGGAGGCCAUGAAGCGUUGGUUACUCUCGAGUACCACAAGCUGGACAAACACUGCCUUUACUGCCUGA